CAUAAACCCAUUCACACACACACACACACACACACACACACACACCACACACACACACACACACACACACACACACACACACACACACACACACACACACACACACACACACACACACACACACACACACAACCACACACACCGCUGCUGCUACUGGUCUAAUAAAGAACAAGAGGAGUUGCCUGGCGUUGCCGGACGCCUCCGGAGCGGGACGCACACUUUACGCACCACGGAUCGAAGAGGGACGCAGACUUUACGCACCACGGACCGGCCGUUACGCGAAACAUUCUUCGCAUAUUUUUAUUCCUGUCGUGCAGCGGGAGGCCUACUGGAUUAAACCAGAUCCAUUCGGAUUCACUUUGGCUCCUCGGGUUUGUUUUCACUCGUCUCCGAAAGUAGGAGGAGGCUUCUCCCCAGCUCGGCUUGAGCUAGUUGUUUUUUUGUGAAUGGAGACUUCUCACGCGUAAAGUUCGUCCGCGCGAGGAGCAGCCCGUGCAGCCGCUCGCUCCACCUGCCCACAGGUGACCGUCGGCGCGCGGGACCCGACUAUGACCUUGGACAUGGACCUCAUGGAAGACACCGACAUCGACGUGGUGGGAGAGGGGCCGCACGAGAGCGGAGACGGGCCCGUCCCAUCGCAGGAUGAGCUGCGCGAGACCGAGACAGAGACCUCGAGCGGGGAGCACGAGGGGGGCUGCAGUCCUUCCUCCGCGUGCCCGCUGCCUGCCAAGACCAAGGGUCCUGCGGCGGUGAAGCCCCCCUACUCGUACAUCGCGCUCAUCACCAUGGCGAUCCUGCAGAGUCCCAAGAAGCGCCUCACGCUCAGCGAGAUCUGCGACUUCAUCAGCGGCCGCUUCCCGUACUACCGCGAAAAGUUCCCCGUGCAGAACUCCAUCCGGCACAACCUGUCGCUCAACGACUGCUUCGUCAAGAUGCCGCGCGAGCCCGGGAACCCCGGGAAGGGCAACUACUGGACCCUGGACCACUCCUCCGACAUGUUCGAGAACGGCAGCUUCCUGCGGCGGAGGAAGCGCUUCAAGCGGCAGCACUUCCGGUUCGGCGGGUUUAAGGAGCGAGCGCUCGAGCCCGGUGGGAUCCCGGGCUUCACGCUGCACGCGGGGGGCUACGGGGUGGGCGCGAGGGGUCUGCCGCUCCCGGGGCUUGAGAUCCCGGGUCUGGAGAUCUACCCGCUGGGGUUUCACCCGCACCAUCACCACCACCAGCAGCACGCGCCGCCGUGCGCAAUCCCGCCCGUCAGCAGCAUCCUACCCGCGCUCUCCAGCUUUUUCUCCCGCAACGCGCUCGCGGCCAAGGCCUUCCUGCAGCCGCAGCCGCCACGGGCCCCCGCGGAGUCCUGGGCGCUGGGCUCGAGCGCCGCCUCGCCGUACACGUCUUCCGCGCUUUUCCCGCGUCUCGCCGCGUCGCCGCAACUCCUCAGCUUCCACCAGGAGUACCGGAAGCUGCAGACUCAGCGAGCGACUUCCGAGCUGGAGCAACACCUGGUCCGCGAGGCGCACGAGUAGCGGGGUGCGAGGGUUCGGGCCUUUCCGCUCGAUUGGAACUCAGGUAGAAGCGGACAUGUGUGGGGACCGGGCGUCUGGAGCCUCGUGCGUAAAGGUGGAUUUAUAAGAGGACGUCUUUUGGCUUCGAGACUCUUUUUUAAGGAUUUUGUAAAUAUCUUUUAAAACGUGUUCCAUUCCCUCUAUUGGUGUUCUGUUAUAUUUGUUUUUCAACCGUUUAUCUAAUUUUAUAAUAAAAUAAAAAUGUUAGUCUAUUUAAAUGACGAGUUUCCUAAAUAAAUAAAAGUCUGUAUUUUA